GUUUGCAGUCUGGCAUGCUAAUGAAUGAGAGAUUAACUGCAGUUUAUGUUUGAUCGUGCGGUAGCUGAAAUUGAGAAGAAGAUUAUAGAAGCUUUCGAGGUGUUUGACCAUGAAUGCAAUGAAACAGUGGAUGUCAGGUUUAGAGAUUGGUGCAAUUGUCAGGUCACUGGGUUGCUACCCGACUGAGGCACAAUUACAUGAACUGCUUGCAGAGGUAGAAGAAGAAGAACCGACUGGAUACGUUCAUUUGGAAAAAUUUCUUCCAGUGAUGAAAAAAGUACUCCUUGACAAAAGAUACCGGCCUAUUCCAGAAGAUGUUCUUCUACGUGCAUUUGAGGCUUUAGAUGAGAAUAAACGUGGAUAUCUUACUAAAGAGGAGCUGGUAAAAUAUAUGACUGAAGAAGGUGAGCCCUUUACUCAGGAAGAAAUGGAGGCUAUGCUCUCUGCUGCUCUAGAUCCAGAAACAAACACUGUUCGCUACAAAGACUACAUUACAUUGAUAACAGCAGGCGACGUUACCAAAAAGUAACUCAAACUCUGUGAGGGAAGCUCUUAAACAUCAUCUAGCUUGGCACGUAGUUGAAAUGUGUAUAGUAUAGCAUAGCAAAGCUUAGCUUGUGACCUUGUGCUUAAAAUAAAAUCUGUGUAGCUAUAUUUCCUUGGGAUCUGCAUAUGUAUUGAAAUAUAUUCACACUUGGAAAAAGAGCUCUUGACAGAAAUAUUAUGUAAGGGCUGGAAAAGAAAUCAUGAUAUUUGGUUUGAAAAAUAACAGGAAAAUAAUGCUAAUGGAGACAAAAAAUUACUUUACAAUUGCAUUUGAAAAACUAAUGGAAAAAUGAGACCUGCGAAAGCAGGAAAUAAGUCGGUAAGUUGAGUACCUUAAGAUGCCUGAAAAUGUGAAGGCACGCUACUAAGAUAAAGCUUUUAUAGCUAAAAGUAAUCCCUGCUUUUGUUUAACUAAUAGGGUACUGGGCAGAUUACUACUUUUGAACUAAUAGUAUAGAUCAAGUAAACUUUCUACAGCUUUUAGUUUCUAUCAGACUUUUAUGUUUUGCUUACCAUAGGCAAUUAAACUGGACCAGUUAGUUCUAUUUUUUUGUUUCUCAUACGCUGACAUGUGUAUUUUGCUUCUGUUUUAAACAUACCGUUUUGCUUCUGUUUUAAAUAUGCAGGUACCACUCGAACCAUUGCCUGUGCCAAAUUUACAAAGAAAGUAAUCCUUGAAAACGUUCCUGUUAUUACAGGCAAUUGACAAUUCCCGUUUCUUAACCA